AUGUUGCCUACUUCCUUCUGUCUGAAAUUUGGCAAGCAGAUCCAGAAGCGCCAGCUUGAGGUCCCGGAGUAUGCUGCCAGCUUUGUCAAUUACAAGGCAUUGAAGAAACUCAUAAAGAAGCUCUCCGCGACUCCGCAGCUACAAGCCCAACAUGAUCCGCUCCAGCCCUCCGCCCCAGCGGAUCACCAGGCAGCUUUACAAGCAAAUAAGGCCACAUUUUUCUUCCAGCUGGAACGUGAGCUCGAAAAAGUCAAUGCAUUCUAUCUCCAGAAAGAAGCAGAGCUCAAAAUUCGCCUCAAAACUCUGCUGGACAAGAAAAGGGUCCUCCAGUCUCGUCAGGGCAUCUCGAGACGCUCGGCCAAAUUCACCACCUUACAAGAGGGCUUCCAGCAAUUUGCCAACGAUCUGAACAAGUUACAGCAGUUUGUCGAUGUGAAUGGAACGGCGUUUUCUAAGAUCUUGAAGAAAUGGGACAAGACGUCCAAAUCCAAAACCAAGGAGCUGUACCUGUCCCGGGCUGUCGAGGUGCAGCCGUUCUUCAAUCCGACCGUCAUCAGCGAGCUGUCCGACCAGGUCACCACGAGUCUGCAGGAACUUGGCGCCUGGGCAGACGGGGACCAUGUCAGCUUCGAGGAGCAAACACGUCCGGAUCACAUUGUGAGCAGCCAACAUCUUCUGGGCACAGACGAGGGUGAUGCGGACACAUUGCUUCUAGAGACAACCCUUUCAGGCAAUCUUGAUUCCCUGAAAGAUCUGUUGUCUCGCAUGCAAGUAGUGGUCGAUUCGGAUUCGGGUCUAGCUCUAGCCCUCAAGGAGAGAAUCACGAGGACUUUCCUUGCUUCCAUCAACGAAGCCCCUCAGGAAUCUCUGAAGGCUUUGUUGGCUACUGGCCUGGUGGAUAUACGCUCUGAAGACGACAUCAACGAGAGGAACUGCUUGCAUCAAGCAACCAUCUAUGGCAACUCUUUCGUCCUGAAUCUGGCUCUGUCCCAGGGCGUGGCUGUCAACAGGAGGGAUGUAUAUGGUCGAGUACCGCUACAUUAUGCCAGUAUGCAUGGCCGUCUUGACAUGAUAGAGGCGCUCCUGGCCGUGGAUGCGGACACAAUCAAUCUCAUCGAUCACGACAAUUUCCGGCCGUUGGUGCAUGCAAUCAUACACAACCAUCUGGACUGUGUCCAACGACUCAUCCACAGCGGCGCAGUGUUGAACCCCAUUUCUGACACCGACCACGCACCCCUGAAUCUGGCAUGCAAGCACGGAUCUUUCGCUAUCGUGCAGUUGCUUCUUACCAAUGGCGCCCAAAUACUACCCGACGCCGAAGGGCUAUACCCUCAACACCUUGUGGCAAGAUCUGCCAAGAAUCCUGAUCUUCUGGGCUUGUUGAAACAGUUUGGUGCUGAUCUGGACCAGGUCGACAAGCUCUAUGGGUGGACGCCGCUUGUACAUGCAGCAAGCGAGGGCAACGUCCCUUGUCUGCGAGCUCUGUUGGAUGAAGGAGUUGAUGCUACAAUCCUGGACGAGAAGGAUCUUCCGGCCUUGUACUACGCGGCAUGGGAAGGUCAUCUCGAGUGCAUGAACCUAUUGACUGCACUGCUUGGCGACUCUAUGAGGGAGACAAGCCCCAGAGCUGCUCAACUUGUUCCCCCAAUGCUUGGAGCACUUGGCUCAAGCAGCGCGCCUGAGCCAAUGUCGAUUGAUCCGGACGGUAUCCCGGAUCUCGAACUUCCACCGCCCAUCAUCCCGCUGCGCAGAUAUGGGCAUAACUUCCUCGACACCAAGACGGUUGUUCAGAUCAAUUUUGGCGGAGACGGCGAACAACCAUUGGUUUUCUUCCACGACGGCAAAUACCCGGCAGCCCGCUUGACCGUUUCCUCCAAAGCUUCCGACCUCAUUCCCAAGAACAUCAUCCUUCCCUUCCAAGAAGAUACCCGACUUGUUUCGUUCCAAAUCGACAACCUUGAUUCUUUCACAUUAGACUUUGACGUCUUCCCGACCUAUGGCGCUAAGAUUAUUGCAAAGACGGUUGCUUUGCCCAAUACUUUCCGUGCAUCUCUGACGAGCUCUGGUAGCUGCUGUCUUCCCCUGUUUGACCCCCGGCUACGUGCUAUUGGUCAGAUCAGUUUCAAUACGCAGGUCAUCAAGCCCUUCCGGGGCAAGCCACUCGAGAUCACUGAUUUCGAGACGUACUGGAAGGCAACCAGGCAGUUCGAUCGACACAUCAGCAGUUUUGUCACCGGAUCCAGUCUCGUCGGCGACUUUGUACGUCUCUAUGUACAGCAGACGAAAGAUGGCAUUCCCGUGCUAUGGCCUACGCGCACAGUCGAUCUGGGCAUGGGAGGGGUUGCAGUUCCUGUCUCGUGGCUCAACUAUGCACAGUUUGAGCAGAUGCUGAGGAACUCGGCCUCGAGGAACAUCCUGGGCUCCGGCCAACUCGGCCCUCAGACUGAGCUGCAUGAAGUUCACCGCCUCUUUGCGACUGCAGGACUCACCCUCGCAGACGCACUGGAGAUCCUCCCGCCCAGCAUACAUGUGAACUUGCACUUCAUCUACCCCAUGGACGAGAAUAUACCGAAUCACCACCACCAGCAGCAACAAACCAUCGACCCGUCCGUGUACAACAGCGGAGACCUCAACCGCUUUGUCGACUCCGUGCUGACCACCGUCUUUGACCAUGCACGUGUGCAGCGUGCACAAACCCAACAGUCAGGCGGUGCCGCAGCUGUGCGGUCGGUGGUCUUCAGUUCGUACAGUCCAAGUGUGUGCACCGCUCUCAACUGGAAGCAGCCCAAUUUCCCCGUGUUUCUCUGCAAUGACCUAGGCCGCGAGGAGAUCUCGAUGGCCCCACCGCAGAUGAUCGCAGCGGCGGCAAACCACGGGCGCAGGUCUAGCUCGAUCAAGGAAGUGGUGAGGACGGCACAAAACAACAACUUCAUGGGGUUGCUGAUUACCUCGCGACUAUUGAAAUUGGUGCCCGCCCUCGUUGAUGCAAUCAAGGCUCAAGGCCUUGCUCUUGUGGUCGACAAAUCAUCCGAGACUGGACCACUGACCAAUCCACCUCCUGAGAAGAUUCCCACUGGCGUGGAUGGUGUCUUCAAGUAUACCGGUGUCUUGCGGUUCAAUGACACGAUAGACAUGUAAGGGGGAAAGUAGUGAGGGAAUAGAGGGGCCAAGUGGUGUUUUUCUCGGAGAGCUGUUGUGAGAAAGUUGACACUGUACCUUGCCAUUUGCUCAGGCGGCUAAGUAUAAUGUGAUCCCGAUAUCUCUGGCGUCUUGAAGGGGGUCAAGCUUAGAUUGAUGCAAACAACGCUGCCCAUUGGACAUCUGGCCCGAGAUGGUAUUGGCUUGGCAGCUGUGAAGUAAACUCGAUAGCCACACAAAAAGAAGAUUGCAAGACAGAUG